CCCAUCUCAACAACAACAACAAGAACAACCAUGCUCUUCGCCACAAACAAGCCCAAGAUGCCCGAUGGCAGCGGCCCCCCUGGCGAUGGUGGCAGAAAACCAAUUCCCCAUUGGGAAAAAUGAAUGGAUGGCUGCGCCACCAUGCCCAAUCAACAUGCCCAAUUACCCUGCACCUCAGCACGCCCACCAUACGUUUUGUCUCAGCAAGCGACUUCCAUUUCCUCGUCACCAGCACUACCAUCUUAUUGCGCGCGCUUUUGCGGUUUGCAGGGCAUUCCACUAGUCCGCCCUGGAUGCGUAUCCCACGACGACAUGGUCCUCCGGGGCGCAGCACUUUGCCGCCCAAUACGGAAAGUGCUGCUGCUGCUGCUGCUGCUGCCACGGGCUGUGUGUCAGGGUCCGGUGACCGAAUCCGCCAUUGCAGCAACUCAAAGCUCGCUCUCCAUUGCUCGCCGGAGCACUUGGGGGCUACCCGCUCCCUAUUUAUCAACGGGGCCAAACUCGCAGAGUGCCUCGAGUCUGCCGUGUCUGCCACGGCUCAGUGGCUUUGCUGCGGCUGUGCAGGAUUUGGGGGCCGCCGCUUGCACCAGCCCAGGCAACGAACCUUGGUUCACCAUUCACACGCCCCACCGGGCGCCCUUUCUGCCUGCGAAUAUUGCCUUAGCCCACGAUGCGCACUUCGACGCCGGCGCUUUUGCGCAGCACUCCCGGUCGACUAAACCAGUCACCCUCGGUGUGACUGCAUUCUGAGUCUUCGAGAAUGCCGCUACUCGACUUUGCAGCCUGGUGGUCGCCUUGUUCGUCAGGGCGCCGGCCAAUCACCGCCCGCUCUGCCUCCCGCACAGGGCGCAGUCUAUCGUCCUUUGCAAGUCCAAUUCCAUCACCUGGGGCGGAAUACCAUAUGGUCCUCUGCGUCACCGCCUGGAGAAGGCAGUCAUUGCCUGUUUUUGUAGGCUGCUGGUUUUAUGACAGGCCUCAGGAUUUCCUAUCUUUAUAUACUCGUGUACCUUCUCUAGACUGUAUAUUACUACUACCAUCAUCACAUCAC